CCUGCAACCUGUUGGGUAUUCCGUCAGUUUACGUAUAGCAGGGGAUCUAUCUAUAUAUCUCUAUUCACAGCUAGACGUGUAAACUGGUAAGGUUGUAGAAAAUGAGGAAAACGAUCGUAGCUCUUCUUUUGGGGCUGGUUUUUACAGCUGUCUAUGUCAGGGCCAACAUUGCUGAUGACGAUGAUGACGUUGAUGAGGAAGAAGUUGAUGUAGAGGCUGUCGAGGCCAAACCACUUGUUAAUCCAUGCGAGAAUAAAGUGUGUAGAAGAGGUGAACAAUGUGUUCUAGAUGUCAACAGAAAACCAUCGUGUGCUUGUUUAAUGUCCUGUGAAGAGGAAGUGGAUCAAAGAUAUUGGGUUUGCAGUACCAGGAAUGUAACAUAUAAAAGUGAUUGUUUAUUGGACCGAGAUCAUUGUCUGUGUAAAAGAAAAGAAAAGGGUUGCUCCAAUCGAAAUGAGAAACGGGUUCAUCUAGAUUAUUUUGGAGGUUGUCGAGCUUUAACAGAUUGUCCUAAAAACGAAUUCGAGGAAUUUCCCGAUCGCCUUAGAGAAUGGUUAUUCAUUGUCAUGAAACAGUUGGCUGGUCGCGAUGAGUUAAAUGAAUAUCUGGAUCUGUUAGAAUCUGCUAAAGAAGACGCCAACCAUACCGAUGCACUCAUCUGGAAAUUCUGUGAUCUCGAUACCAGCCCACAGGACAGACGAGUGAGCAGACGUGAACUUCAACAUACCAUCCAAUCAUUGAAAGCCAUGGAACACUGUCUCGUGCCCUUCCUUAACGACUGUGAUGCUAACAAUGAUCGUAGGAUAACUAUACGUGAAUGGGGAAAUUGUCUUAAAGCUGAUCAUGUUAAACUUGAAAACAAAUGUAAAGCCAUCAGAAACGCACGUGGACAAAAACGACGUUAAUAACAACCGGAAGUACACCAAAUAGCUAACGACACACGUGAUCUCAUCAACGUGCAUGUUCGCCUCAAAAAAUUAUUUUAAAAUUAAAUAUCAUAUUUGAUUAGAUAGAUAAACUAUUGAAUAAAGCACAUUAUUUCAUGUUAAUUACAGGCAAUCUCUGCACAGUGCCAUCUCACACCAGGCCUGCUUGAAAAUAUAGCAUAGAUGGUGCUGUUUAGAGAUUGAAAUAUAAGAACACCUAGCAACAGUAUUUUAUCAGAAAGUUUGUCUUACGGUUAAAAUAUACCUUUAUCAUUUAUACACGCAUCUAUAGCUUUAUUUGUAAAACAACGUUGUCUCUCAUUUUAAUUAUGUGUAUGAUCAUAGGCUAAAGGGCAAUAACUCUCGACGACAACCAGCGACUGGAAGUUCUUAAGUUCAAUAAACAUCACUGUCUAGUUUUUAAAAAAAAACAAGGUCAGUUGUCUGGGUAGUUGUGACUACUGACUGUGUUUGUUAGUUUUUCCAGUUACGAAUAUUUGACAACUGACCGGAAGUACUUAAGAUGACCCUGGCUAGGCCUAAUCAUCUUGUCUGAGUUUCCAAAUUACAGAGUAGUAGAUAUAUGAAAAUUCAUCUACAUAAAUUCAGUUAAUAACGACUCGUGUUGUUAAACGUGACAUUAAAAUCAAUUGAUAUUUGGGGAAAUUCCCCAUUUUAAUACGUCGUAUCAAGUGUCGCUAAGUCACCAAAGAAUCAGUCAGGAUUAUGGGCUCUGGUCAUGGGAGUACAUUUUUGAAAAGAUUGUAUUUUAUAUUCCACAUACAUGUGCCAAAUAUUCUAUUUUUAUACCAUUGUACACUAUAAAUAGAAUAGAUAUUCUAACCAAUGAUAUUAGUAUGCUAAAAAAAAUUUUAUUAACCCCCUCGUUCCUACUAACCCUUAAGUAAUGCACCCAUUUAACCGUUGCAAAACGAAGGAUUUAACAAUUACACGUGAGUGUGUGGACGGUCUGGGCAAUGAACAAUGUGACAUCGAGACUAAACUCCUUAUCCAGAACAUCCAGUGUGGCCCUGUCUUUAUCUGGAAUAUAAGUAGUGGGCUUAGAGAAAGCCUAGAUUGUUUCAAAAGCACAAGGAAAACUACGAAUGUCCUGACUCACGUUUAAUCUUAAACCUCCGUCAUUUGUUAUUUGAAAAUGCACGUCAACUAACACUGCCAUUUUUAUUGCAUAUUAUUCGAAAACUUUUCUACUUUUGUUUUAUUCAAUUUGAUGUGUUCUACAGAGUACUCACAACUUUCUGUCGAUUUUAUUAAAGGAGAUCCCAUUGGCUAGAUUGUGAUAAAUUGGAUCUGUGUAUCCAAUGGCGUAAAUUGGUGCUUUUUGUCUAUUGAAUUAUGUCGAUUAGUUUUUUGUACAGAUUUUUCACCCAUGAAAUAAAACAGUCAUUGGCUAAAA